AUGACGGUGCUGAAAGUGUCAGAAAGGACUGUCUUGGGCUCAAAUAUGCUGACAUCAGGUUAUAACGUUGCUGUCAUGUGCAGUGGAGUAACAGUGCAGGCCCGAUACCUACCAUUGACUUUUGGACUUAUUGGUCGCAGCUGGGCGAUGGUAUUUGCUGCUGGAGGCUUCAAAGUGAAACUUUAUGAUAUUGCACAACAGCAGCUAACAAGUGCGCUGGAAAAUAUCCGCAAACAAAUGAAAGAGCUGGAGGAGUCGGGCUUCCUGAAAGGAGCUUUGACUGCGGAGCAGCAGUUGGCUCUCAUCAGCAUCUGUACAGACCUGAAGGCAGCAGUAGAGGGUGCUACGUUCAUUCAGGAAUGUACUCCGGAGAACCUGGAACUGAAAAGGAAGAUUUUCGGUCAGUUAGAUCUUAUUGUUGGUGACAAUGUUAUCUUGAGCAGCUCGACCUCUUGUCUCUUACCCAGCAAAUUGUUCACUGGCCUUAAGCAUGUUAAGCAGUGUAUUGUGUCACAUCCUGUAAAUCCACCUUACUUUGUGCCGUUGGUUGAAAUUGUUCCUCAUCCAGAAACAGAUCCUUCUACUACAGAGAGAACAUAUGCCCUGAUGAAGAAGAUUGGUCAGUCUCCUGUCAAACUAAACAGAGAAAUUGAGGGGUUUGUCCUGAAUCGGCUCCAGUAUGCAGUGAUAAGUGAAUCCUGGAGACUUGUGGGUGAAGGAGUAAUAUCUCCUGCUGAUCUAGACCUUGUGAUGUCUGAUGGAUUGGGAAUGCGAUACGCAUUUAUUGGACCUCUGGAAACCAUGCAUCUUAAUGCAGAAGGUAUUUCAAAUUACUGUGAAAGAUACCGUGAAGGUAUGAGACGUGUUCUCAACACCUUUGGACCAGUUCCAGAAUUUUCAGGUGAAAUUGAGCAGAAAAUCAAUCAGGCUAUGUCUGAAAAAAUUCCAGUUGUUCCAAAAAUCCUGGAUGCCAGGAGAAAAUGGAGAGAUGAAUGUCUCACUGGUCUUGCCAAACUGAAAACACAAAUGAAAUCUGACUGAGGUGCACCUUGUUUAACAGGAGAUACUAAAGGAAGAGCAGAUCUUCAAAAAAAGUGGAAAUUUUUGGUCAUGCAGAAGAGGAGACUGAAUGUGCAACCAAUAAUAUGCACAAAUGUAGAGACCAAUGAAAUAUUUGGUCCAAAUUUGUCAUGCCGUAAUUCAUGAAUAACUGGAAACAGUUAUUAAAAAGUUCAGUUAAAAAUUAUCAAAUUAUUAUAUAUAUGCAUUAGAUGUGUAAGCAUUAAGUAGCUUUAGCAAUAUUAAUAUUGUGCAAUUCUGGAACACAACCAUGUUUUAAAUAAUGCAUUUUUCAGCUUGCUUAGGAAUUCAGCGCUUGAACAAUAUUUGCUUAUGCAGGGAUCUGAAAUAGGCAAACACCAGCUGUUUGUUACUCAAGAAAAGAAGCCCUCACCCACCAGUCACUGUGACAGCAAGGUUAAUUUGUAAAGCACUGACUGUAGAUCGGAGAAGCUUGUGUUGAGCAAAGAGUAGAUUCACUGGCUGGUGAGCUGAGACCUCAACAGCUGUAAGGGUCACUUCAACUCAGGUCUGUCACCGUUCCACAACGUAGGGGAAA